AUGUCUCUGUACCGCAACUUGGCCUGGUUCCUCAAGGGAAUGACAGAGUUCACCAGGAAUGCCUUCUUGUCAGCUUCCAAGCGCUUUAUGGAGAAGGACCUGGAGGUCUCUUUGGCGGGACGCUCCUUCAUGAUAACAGGAGCAAACAGUGGCAUAGGCAAAGCCACAGCUAUGGCAAUUGCCAGGAGAGGCGGAACGAUCCACAUGGUGUGCCGGAACAAGGAUAAAGCUGAAGAGGCUAGGGCUGAACUUGUCAAGGAGACAGGAAAUAAAGAGAUCUAUGUGCAUAUCCUGGAUUUAUCUGAGACCAAGAAGGUCUGGGAGUUUGCAGAGGCCUUCAAGAGGAAGUACAAGGCUCUAAAUGUCCUGAUUAAUAAUGCAGGCGCCAUCAUGAGUAAGCGGGAAGUGAACGCUGAGGGUCUCGAGAAGAGCUUUGCCACCAAUGUCCUCGCUGUUUACAUUCUCACCAAGAGCCUCAUUCCCUUGCUGGAAAAGAGUGCCGAUCCAAGAGUGAUCACUCUGUCAUCAGGAGGAAUGCUGGUACAGAAGCUCAGGAUAGGGAACCUGCAAACUGAGAGAGGUCGCUAUGAUGGUACCAUGGUCUAUGCCCAACAUAAGAGGCAGCAGGUGGUGAUGACGGAGCAGCUUGCAAAGAUUCACCCGAGCAUCCAUUUCUCUGUCAUGCAUCCUGGCUGGGUGGACACUCCUGCGGUAGCAAAUGCCAUGCCUGACUUCCAUCGCUCUAUGAAGAGCAGCCUGCGGACGCCGGAGCAGGGCGCGGACACUGUGGUGUGGUUGGCUGUGUCUGAGGCCGCCAUUACCAACCCGAGUGGACGCUUCUAUAAGGACCGUCGGAUGGUGGCCACCCACCUGCCUCUGGCCUGGACCCACAGUUCCCCCCUGGAGGAGCAGAAGCUGAUCUCCGCAUUGGAUGACUUAGCCAAGAUGUUCCAGCCACAUUGA